UAGCGAUUUCUCGAAAACUCGAAGUGUGCGAUGGUAUUAGACGGCGUGGCUGGUCAAUUCGUGUUCGAUUGUCGGUGAACAGUGAACGUUUUAGAAUAGGUUGACUGCUUCGGCCAAAAUGACGGCUCAUGACCAGAUGCGAGCUAUGCUCGAUCAAUUAAUGGGCACAGGACGCAAUGGUGAAAAUAACAAAUUUCAAGUGAAAUAUUCCGACUCGAAAGUCUGCAAGAGUUUUUUGCUGGCUUGCUGUCCACAUGAGAUUUUAUCAUCAACACGCAUGGACUUGGGAGAAUGCCCCCAGAUUCACGACUUGGCCCUACGGGCUGAUUACGAGGCUGCUCAAAAGAAGAAAGAUCAUUUUUACGAUAUUGAUGCUAUGGAACAUCUCCAAAAUUUCAUCGCCGAUUGCGAUCGUCGUACCGAGCAGGCCAAGCAGAGACUGGCAGAGACGCAGGAGGAGUUGAGCGCAGAAGUAGCAGCAAAAGCGAACAAUGUCCACGUGCUCGCCGAGGAGAUUGGUAAGAAACUAGCCAAAGCUGAACAACUUGGUGAGGAAGGCUUCGUGGAAGAGUCAAUGAAAUUAAUGGGCGAGAUCGACGAGCUACGUAAGAAAAAAAAUGAAGCAGAGCAAGAAUAUAGAAACAGCAUGCCAGCAUCGAGUUACCAGCAACAGAAACUAAGAGUGUGUGAAGUGUGCAGCGCGUAUCUUGGUAUACACGACAAUGACAGGCGACUGGCUGAUCACUUUGGCGGUAAACUGCAUUUGGGCUUUAUCAAGAUCCGUGAAAAGCUCACCGAGCUUCAGAAAACCGUCGAUGAAAGACGCAAAGAAAAGCGCGAAUCUAUACUCGACAGAAGACGGGACAGAGAUAGGGAAGAUCGCGACAGAGAUCGUGACAGAGACAGAAGAUUGGGCAGAGAUCGCGACCGUGAUCGCGAUCGAGAUCGUGAUCGCGAUCGGGAACGUAGAGAUAAAGAUAGGAGAAAGUCACGGUCUCGUAGUCGCAGUCGUGGAAAAAGAUCGAAACGUUCUCGAAGUAGCAGUCACAGCCGUCGAUCUCGUUCUCGUCGCAGUGGGUCCAAUGAUCGUAAGAGAUAAGAAAUGAGUUAUAUAUAAUG